AUGUCCUGCCAGCAGAACCAGCAGCAGUGCCAGCCCCCUCCCAAGUGUCCCUCACCCAAGUGUCCUCCAAAGAGCCCGAAGCAGUGUCUGCCUCCAGCCUCCUCCAGCUGUGUGCCCCGCCCUGGGGUCUGCAGUGGCCUCAGCUCUGAGGGUGGCUGCUGUCUGAGCCACCCCAGGCGCCAACAGUCUCACCGAGGCUGGCUCCAGAGCUCCAGUUCCUGUGACAGUGGCAGUGGUCAGCAGUCUGGGGGCUCUGGCUGUGGCCAUGGCUCUGGCGGCUGCUGUUGA